AUGAACAGCACUGGGCCUAGGAGGGGCGCUGGUGCUGCUUCAGCCGCGGCGGGGAACGAUGCGUUGAUCGACAGCGGGAUCGCAACGCUCGAGAGAGCGACAUCGAUGGACAAGCAAGGGCAGCUUGAAGAGGCGUUCACGCUCUACGAGAGCGGGAUAGACCUCCUGCUGCAGGGAGCCCGGCAGGAGCCUGGGGAGCAGCGGCGACAGACGCUGAUCAAUGAGGCCAGAGUGCACAUGUCGAGAGCCGAACACAUCAAGCUGGCGCUGGGUCCGCCCCAGUCGCCUUCUCCCACUCGUCCCGCCUCCACGGGGAGGAGAGACAGCGGCAAAGGGAAGGCGGCGUUGUUGAGACCAAAGCCUACGGCAGCAGAUGUCAGGGGCGGCCUUCGGGGCGGCAGCAUUGAUGCAGGUUCCCCUGACGGGGAAAACCACGCUCCGCGGUCGUCAGGCGGCGGCAAAUCUUCCGCGUACACGAGAGGCGGAGCAAGAAGAGGCGGCGGUGGAAUAGGUGCCGCUUCGGGCCGCGGCACAUCUUCCGCGUACACCAAAGGUGGAGCAGGAAGAGGCGGAGGCGGAAUAGGUGCCAGUUCGGGCCGCGGCGCAUCUACCAGAGGCGGAGCAGGAAGAGGCCGCGGUGGAAUAGAUGCCGGUUCGGCAGCGGCGGGGACAGGGGGCGGUGGCGCUCGGGGGGGAGGUCGGCGAGAAAAAUCGGAGAACUCCGAGCUAGAAAACAAGAUUCUGGAGGAUAUGCUUGACAGCUCGCCAGGGGUAACGUGGGACUCAAUCGCGGGCCUGGAGUACGCGAAGCAGACGUUGCAGGAGACCGUUAUACUGCCAAACCUCCGACCAGACCUCUUCACCGGACUCAGAGCACCCGCUAGGGGCGUGUUGCUCUAUGGGCCCCCGGGCACCGGCAAGACGAUGCUGGCGAAGGCGGUGGCGACCGAGAGCGGGUACGCCUUCUUCAACAUCUCGGCCUCGUCGCUCACCUCGAAGUACGUUGGCGAGGGGGAGAAGAUGGUCCGGGCUCUCUUCGCCGUGGCCAGGGAAAGGGAGCCGGCCGUUGUUUUCAUCGACGAGAUCGAUUCGGUGUUGUCGGCUAGAGGAGAGGGGGAGCACGAGGCCAGCCGGCGAUUGAAGACGGAGUUCCUGGUGCAGUUGGACGGCGCCGGGCAGGGGGGGGAUGACCGGCUCCUGGUGCUCGCAGCCACGAACCUCCCUCAGGAAUUAGACGAGGCGGCCCUCCGGAGACUGUCGCGGCGUGUUUAUGUUCCCUUGCCAGACCCUCCGGCGAGAAAAGCUCUCAUAUCUGGCCUCCUAGGCCAGCAAAAGGGAAACAUCAAGGGGGCUGCCCUCGCGUCACUGGUGGGCAUGACCGAGGGUUACUCCGGAAGCGAUCUCAAGCAGCUGUGCAAAGAGGCCGCCAUGCAGCCAAUAAGAGAUUUAGGGACGAGGGUGCGUACGGUUGCCGUGAAGGACGUGCGCGGGAUCAACUUGGACGACUUUCGAGCCGCUCUUCCGAAAGUUCUUCCAUCGGUGUCACGGAAAACCGUGGAACGAUAUGAGGAGUGGAAUCGCUCGCUCUCUGGAUGAAGUAAACGGCUGGCCAAGGUUCUUGGAUGGUUGCAUCAAUGUGCGGCCGUGACUUACGGGUCUGAAGUGGUCGAAUAUCCGAUGUACAGAUCUCCGAAGUGGAGAUCUCCGAUUUGCAGAAGAACACGACGACGACGACGAUGACGAAGCAGAGCCCCGGGCGGGGAGACUAUAAUGCUGGGUUGUACCGACCGCAUGAGGUGCCCUUUCACGGUGACUCCGUCAUGGUACACCUCUUAAAGACACGUGCACACUGUACAUGCCUACGGUUGGUGCGUACCUGAUUAGGACAUGUACAUGCCUGCCUAUGGUUGGUGCCGCCUGUUAAUCGAUAUAGACAUGCGUCGGGUACCACGACUUUCAUACGGUGGCACUUCUUUCGAAGGAUGUAGAAUAGUCUGCGGAUUUGGUCGGCCGGUGCUACACUCCGUUUGAAUGGAGGCCCUGACGUAAAUGCACGCUAACCAUUACUGUUAUAAAGUGUGGUGUGUCCGUGCUGUAAGUAAAGGCCAUGGGGGCUCUCUUUGGACACACACGCUACGCUCGGGGGGAGGUGAUGUUUUUUUUAUUAUUUGGCGGCAGUAUAGAUGUGAAUCGUGAAUUGACGUUGCGCGCGAGUUUCCGAACAGAUGGCUGAUUCGCACGAUGUUACGGAAGAACAUAGACAGAACUACGGCGGGAUGGGGUCAUGAGACUACUGUAGUGCGUCUGCUCGUGAAGGCUGUUGCACAUAGGAACAACUGCUAAGAGGCAUGACCGCUCACGGCUCUGUC